CCCAGCCCUUCCAUUGGCCAGCUCCGUAAGGCAAGGAACCUGUGAGAGGGUGGUUCUGAACUAGGAAUAUUUCGGAGCCAGCGAGCUAGCCUAGAGGACCCGGGAGCCUGUGGCAGAAGCUGCUGCAACCGCGCUGCUGGGUUUAUCCACCUCCUUUUUUCUUCUUUCUACAUAUCCACACACAGCUAUCAGUCUACAGAGACAUGUCCACCAACACCGGCCCCAUGCAUCCAUACUGGCCUCAGCACCUGAGGCUGGACAACUUUGUGCCCAAUGACUACACCACCUGGCAUCUCCUGGCUGGCCUCUUCUCCGUCUCUGGGGUCUUACUUACGACCACGUGGCUGUUGUCAGGUCGUGCUGCAGUCAUCCCACUGGGGACUGGGCGGAGACUGUCCCUGUGCUGGUUUGCAGUGUGUGGGUUCAUUCACUUGGUGAUUGAGGGCUGGUUCAGCCUCUACCACGAGGACCUUCUUGGAGACCAAGCCUUAUUGUCCCAGCUCUGGAAAGAGUAUGCCAAGGGUGACAGCCGUUACAUCCUGAAUGAUAACUUCACGAUAUGCAUGGAGACCAUCACAGCUUGGCUGUGGGGUCCACUCAGCCUAUGGGUAGUGAUCGCCUUUCUCCGCCAGCAGCCCCACCGCUUUGUCCUACAGCUUGUGGUCUCUGUGGGUCAGAUAUAUGGGGAUAUUCUCUAUUUCCUGACAGAGUACCGUGAUGGAUUCCAGCAUGGGGAGCUGGGCCACCCACUCUACUUCUGGUUUUACUUUGUCUUCAUGAAUGCCGUGUGGCUGGUGCUGCCCGGAAUCUUUGUGUUCGAUUCAGUGAUGCAUCUCGCUCAUGCCCAGAGCAUGCUGGAUGCCAAAGCCACAAAAGCCAAGAGCAAGCAGAACUAACAAGUGAUGACGUGGGCUUGAACACUGGCUGUUGAGGAAUUCUCCCCCUGCCAGAAGAGUCCAAUCCUUGCUCCCACAGGUUGGAAGGGCAAAUUGAAUUGAUCUGUCAAAUUCAGGCUGAUGGGUGGGCACCAAAAGGGCCAGAGAUGGGAAAGGAAGGAGCUGUGUGGAGCUACUGUCAGCAGCCAUUGGGACAAAGGUACAAGAGAACCUAGGAGGUAUGGCAAUGGUGGCAAUUUUUUAAAUCAGGAAAUAAAAGAUCUUGGCCCUAUA